AUGGAAAAUUCAGACACAGAUGCCAACAUCGAAUCUCAUUCUUCUAACCGUCAUCCACCACAUCUUCGUGGAAAAGCCAUUGGUUUAUGGUACGCUCAACGUCAAUACCAACGGCCGAAAACUGCUUCACAACCAUCUUCUCGAUCUGUAGCAACAGUUGAAUUAACUCCGAACGAAAUUCAACGUGUCACGAAAAUUCGCCAAUUAUUCCAUCAAAACGAUUCCAAAGAACCGCUGCUCGAUAUUGACGAUGCUGAACAUACGAUGAAAUUUGAUAAUCUCCAUAGUUCAUUUCAGUAUUUCGAGCCACUUACACGACAGUUUGUUAUUGAUCAAAAUCUGUUGCAAGAUCUGCAGAGAAAACAACGCUCAGCUUUAUACGAAAAAUUGAAUGCAAAACGAACGUGUUUGCCUAUUAGUAACUACCGACAAACUAUUCUCGAUACUAUUGAACAAAAUCAAAUUUUCAUUCUUGUUGGAGAAACUGGUUCAGGAAAAACAACGCAAACAGCACAGUUUAUUCUUGAUGAUCAAAUUCUCAAAGGUCAAGGUAGUCAAUGUCGAAUUUUAUGCUCUCAGCCACGUCGAAUCAGCGCGACGUCAGUGGCUGAGCGUGUAGCGCAAGAACGUGGCGAAAUGCAUCCCGGUGAUUCUGUUGGUUAUCAUAUCCGUCUUUCCGCCCAAUUUCCACGCAAAAAUGGUUCCAUCCUAUUUUGUACCACAGGAAUGUUGUUGAAAUAUAUUGAAAAAUACACCAAUUUUGAACAUUUUUCUCACGUGAUCUUGGAUGAAAUUCACGAGAGAAAUAUCGAAAUGGAUUUUUUACUUAUUUUCAUCAAGCGUCUCUUAAAAAUCCGACAAGAUCUUAAAGUAAUAUUGAUGAGUGCCUCGAUUCAAGCUGAGAAGUUCAGUGCUUAUUUUAAUAAUUGUCCAAUUUUACACAUUCCUGGAAAUAUUUAUCCUAUAAACGAAUAUUUUCUCGAAGACUAUAUAACAAAAUUGAAAUAUCCAUUUGAGAAUGCGAAUUCAUAUCGUCGAUCGAAUAAAGAAAUCGAUCAAGUGAAAUUCAAUGAAUAUAUCAAUGAACUCGAAUGGGAUUUAGUUCAACAAAAGAAACCAAUUGAAGUUUGGAAGAAAAUACAAGCUAUCGGAACGGAUUUUAGUCUAGAAAUCAACUGUGACUUAGUCGUUAGUGUCAUUGAACUCAUCUGUCGAAUAUCUUCACAAGGUACAAUCCUAGUAUUCCUUCCUGGUUGGAAUGAUAUUGUCAAAUGUACACAGUUACUUCGUCAACGAGCACUGUUGGCAUCUUAUUUGCACAUCUUACCUUUGCAUAGCUUGCUACCAAUUCAUAAUCAACACGAAAUAUUUGAUUCACCACCUCAUCCUAGUCUUCGGAAAGUAAUUCUAUCAACAUCGAUUGCGGAAACUUCGAUUACUAUUGAUGAUGUUAUAUAUGUUGUUGACACGGGACGAACAAAAGCGAGUGAUUAUGAUCUGGAGACUCAAGGCAAAUGUCUUUUACCAACGAAUGUAUCACGUGCAAAUCUCCUUCAACGAAAAGGACGAGCAGGUCGAACCCAACCUGGUGAAUGCUUUCGUUUGUUUACUCGUUGCAAUCAACGCAUGUCAUUCAUUGAUUUUCCUCUAGCAGAGAUGACCACCUCGCGUUUGGAUAAUAUUUAUCUUCAAGCGAAACUAUUGAAUAUAAAAGAUGUCAAAACAUUCCUUCAAGAUGCACUUGAUCCGCCAUCGGCCGAAGCUAUUGAACAUGCUGAACAAUUCCUGUACGAUAUCGGAGCAUUAGUCUCUCCAACAAAUGAACUAACACCCAUUGGAAGGAUACUUGCGCAUUUACCUUUGUCACCACAAAUAGGAAAAUUGUUGAUACUCGGUUAUUUAUUUUCGUGUUUUAACCCAAUCUUAACAAUCGCAUCGGUGUUAAGCUAUCGAGAUCCCUUCGUUAAUCCAAUUGAUAAAACAAGAGAGAUAAACGAAGUACGUCGUCGUUUUGCCGAGAAUACCAUGUCCGAUCAUUUGAUGAUCGUAAAUGUCUAUGAGCAAUGGAAAGCUCAACGAAGCUAUCGUGCUAAAAAUCAAUUUUGUUUUGAAAAUUUUCUCAAUUCAAAUCACAUGAAAAUGAUUGAUAAAGUUCGUAAUCAACUACGACAUCUUAUACAAGAUUAUUUCGCUUCCUAUACAGGUGAUGCAAAUCGAAAUCAACAUAAUCAGCAUUUGAUAUGUGCGCUAAUGUGUGCUGGACUGUAUCCAAACAUAGCCCGAAUUCGUUUGUCAACUGAUAAAUCAUCGAAGCGGCCAUGUCUGUUAGAAACGAAAUUUGAAAAACGAGUUUUGAUACAUCCGAAAUCAAUCAAUGCGAAAUUAAGGGAUAUUGAUAUUCGUCAAUCGUCGAUUCAAUCAACUUUGGUUGUCUAUUAUGAAAAAAUUCGUACUUCGGGUAUAUACAUUCACGAUGUCAGUUUUAUCUCUCCGUACGCGCUGCUCUUCUUUGGUAAAACUCAAACAUCGGCUGAAAACUCGACGACAAAAUGCAACAAUAGUCUUCUAGUGGAUAACUGGAUUGAAAUUAAUAUUGAUAAUGAAACGAAUAAGUUGAUCUAUGGAUUGAAAGAUAAAUUCAAUUAUUUGUUGGAGAGAAAGGCAAUAGAGAAAAAUGUUUUUCUCGAAAAUGAACAGGAAUUACUCGAAACAAUUGUUCAUUUUAUCACGAAACAAGAUCGAAAUUUAGUACUACAAAACAAAUUAAUCGAUGAGUAUGACAAAACGACACCUGUAUAUGAAGAUUGGGAUAAUGAAACUAAAGAAUAA